ACUGCGGUGAUGGGCAGGUAUAUAUACGGCAGCGCGAUGGAAGCAGCCACCACACGUCACUAUACUUCACAAGAUGAGGGUCCACGCUGCUGCUUCUCUCGUUCUGCUGCUGCUCGGCGUAGUGGCCACCGGAUUGGCACAAGAGUCGGCGCAGGACUUCGCGUAUGAGGACUUCGACUGUCCCAAAGACAACGGGUUCUUCGCCCACGCUACUCAGUGUGACGCUUACUGGAGCUGCGAAGAUGGAACCCCAGAGUUCCGUCUCUGUGGUAACGGCUUGGCUUUUGACAACAAAAACGACUCCCGCGAGAACUGCAACUACCUGUUCGCCGUGGAUUGCACCGAUCGCCCCGAGCUGGAGCCUGCCAUCUCCACCCCUCACUGCCCCAACCUCUACGGAAUUUUCCCUGAUCCUGACGAUUGCUCCGUCUUCUGGUCCUGCUGGGAUGGUGAGGCUUCCAGGUAUGCCUGCACCCCUGGCCUCGCUUAUGACAGGAAGUCUCGUGUGUGUAACUGGAUGGACAACAUCCCCGAGUGCAAGGCCCAGAGAGACGCUAUGCAGCAGGACUUCGCGUGUCCCGCUGCUGGUGAGCUAACAGCCACUGGCUCCUUCUCCCGUCACCCUCACCAUGAGGACUGUCGCCAGUACUUCGUUUGCCUUGAUGGUGUUGCUCGCGAGUACGGCUGCCCCAUUGGUACGGUCUUCAAGAUUGGCAACCAGGACGGUUUCGGCCAAUGUUCAGACCCUGAGGAUGUUCCCGGGUGCGAGGACUACUACGGCGAUCUGGACCUGGACAGCUUCCGACGGAGUCAGCUUCUCUUGGGCAACCUGGGACUACAGGAUGGAGGCAGCGCCCCCUCCGCCCAUCGUCCCCGCCGCCCUGCUGCUGCCACUGCUGACGCCGCUGCUGAUGCUGCGGCAGAUACGGCGACUCAGGCCUAAGUGACACCAGUGAAGACUAUUAUGGCGACCUAGAUGUGAGAACUCUCCGCGGCCUUGGCUUGUAAAACAGAUGACUUGAUGCAUCAGCAGUACAGGACGUGACUGUUCUGAGUGGGAAUGUUUCACGCCGCAGACUAGACACUUCUCGUGAUAUAUAAACCGGGUUCAAAUUUCUCAAGUCUAACAAGUCCUCAUUAUCACGGGGAAGCGCUAAAUGCGAAGGAGUCAUAGAGUGCCAGGGGAAUGGGAGGCAAUUACGCUUGAUCCAAGGAAGGGGAGGGCACGUCCAAUUCCUUGGAUCAAGAACCCCCCUCACAAACAUCAAGACACUUUUCGAGGCUUCGUUUUCUAAGAUAAAUCACUGUCUAGCUUACCAUAUUCCAAUAUUUUCUCUCCCCAAACUUGGUAAAAAAAAAUCAGUGUCGUCCAUUUUUCAAGACUAAGUUGGUCCACGAGACUAGGCUGGUCCACGAGACUAGGCUGGUCCACGAGACUAGGCUGGUCCACGAGACUAGGCUGGUCCACGAGACUAGGCUGGUCCACGAGACUAGGCUGGUCCACGAGACUAG